CGGGCGGAGGGGAGGGGGGAAAGAGGAGCGCAGGGUGAGAGUGAGCCGCAGGCUUCGGGAGGCGAGGGGGCGGGGGGAGCAGCGCCGAGGCCGCCGCCUCCGCCUCCGCCGCCUGGGACUAGGGGGUGGGGGACGGACAAGCCCCGAUGCCGGGGGAGACGGAAGAGCCGAGACCCCCGGAGCAGCAGGACCAGGAAGGGGGAGAGGCGGCCAAGGCGGCUCCGGAGGAGCCCCAACAACGGCCCCCUGAGGCGGUCGCGGCGGCGCCUGCAGGGACCACUAGCAGCCGCGUGCUGAGGGGAGGUCGGGACCGAGGCCGGGCCGCUGCGGCCGCCGCCGCCGCAGCUGUGUCCCGCCGGAGGAAGGCCGAGUAUCCCCGCCGGCGGAGGAGCAGCCCCAGCGCCAGGCCUCCCGACGUCCCCGGGCAGCAGCCCCAGGCCGCGAAGUCCCCGUCUCCAGUUCAGGGCAAGAAGAGUCCGCGACUCCUAUGCAUAGAAAAAGUAACAACUGAUAAAGAUCCCAAGGAAGAAAAAGAGGAAGAAGACGAUUCUGCCCUCCCUCAGGAAGUUUCCAUUGCUGCAUCUAGACCUAGCCGGGGCUGGCGUAGUAGUAGGACAUCUGUUUCUCGCCAUCGUGAUACAGAGAACACCCGAAGCUCUCGGUCCAAGACCGGUUCAUUGCAGCUCAUUUGCAAGUCAGAACCAAAUACAGACCAACUUGAUUAUGAUGUUGGAGAAGAGCAUCAGUCUCCAGGUGGCAUUAGUAGUGAAGAGGAAGAGGAGGAGGAAGAAGAGAUGUUAAUCAGUGAAGAGGAGAUACCAUUCAAAGAUGAUCCAAGAGAUGAGACCUACAAACCCCACUUAGAAAGGCAUGUCUCAGAUUUUACUGCAGACAUGUUAAUGAAAUACAAGGAAACCCCAAAGCCACGGAGAAAAUCAGGGAAGGUAAAAGAAGAGAAGGAGAAGAAGGAAAUUAAAGUGGAAGUAGAGGUGGAGGUGAAAGAAGAGGAGAAUGAAAUUAGAGAGGAUGAGGAACCUCCAAGGAAGAGAGGAAGAAGACGAAAAGAUGACAAAAGUCCACGUUUACCCAAAAGGAGAAAAAAGCCUCCAAUCCAGUAUGUCCGUUGUGAGAUGGAAGGAUGUGGAACUGUCCUUGCCCAUCCUCGCUAUUUGCAGCACCACAUUAAAUACCAGCAUUUGCUGAAGAAGAAGUAUGUAUGUCCCCAUCCCUCCUGUGGACGACUCUUCAGGCUCCAGAAGCAACUUCUGCGACAUGCCAAACAUCAUACAGAUCAAAGGGAUUAUAUCUGUGAAUAUUGUGCUCGGGCCUUCAAGAGUUCCCACAAUCUGGCAGUGCACCGGAUGAUUCACACUGGCGAGAAGCCAUUACAAUGUGAGAUCUGUGGAUUUACUUGUCGACAAAAGGCAUCUCUUAAUUGGCACAUGAAGAAACAUGAUGCAGACUCCUUCUACCAGUUUUCUUGCAAUAUCUGUGGCAAAAAAUUUGAGAAGAAGGACAGCGUAGUGGCACACAAGGCAAAAAGCCACCCUGAGGUGCUGAUUGCAGAAGCUCUGGCUGCCAAUGCAGGCGCCCUCAUCACCAGCACAGAUAUCUUGGGCACUAACCCAGAGUCCCUGACGCAGCCUUCAGAUGGUCAGGGUCUUCCUCUUCUUCCUGAGCCCUUGGGAAACUCAACCUCUGGAGAGUGCCUACUGUUAGAAGCUGAAGGGAUGUCAAAGUCAUACUGCAGUGGGACGGAACGGGUGAGCCUGAUGGCUGAUGGGAAGAUCUUUGUGGGAAGCGGCAGCAGUGGAGGCACUGAAGGGCUGGUUAUGAACUCAGAUAUACUCGGUGCUACCACAGAGGUUCUGAUUGAAGAUUCAGACUCUGCCGGACCUUAGUGGACAGGAAGACUUGGGGCAUGGGACAGCUCAGACUUUGUAUUUAAAAGUUAAAAAGGACAAAAAAAAAAAAAUCUAAAGCAUUUAAAAUCUAGUGAAAUAACUGAAGGGCCUGCUCUUUCCAUUGUGGAUCACAGCACACACAUACAUACACCCUCCACCCCCCCAUCCCCAUCCCCUGUUCUCCCUCUAUUGCUCCCCUUAUAAAAUUGAUGUUGUCUUUACCAGAAAGGUAGACAAAAAAGAAGCAGCAGCAGCUCUUAAAGUGAGGGUUAUUCUCAUACUCGGUUCCAGCCAUCAGCAGACUUCCUGCUCAUCGGCAGAUCCCCCUUUCCAACCUGUAACUCUGAUGUGCUCUGGAUCAGCUUUUAGCUUUUAAUCGUAUAUUACUGUCUUCUAAAUCCCUUCUCCUCCUCUACUGCUGCCCUAUGGUUCUGGCUCCUACCCCCUGCGGCACACUUAUCUUCAAAUACCAUAGAAUUCUAAUCUCUGGAGGCUGGCAGCUUGACUUGGCACUUUAGGGCCCCUUAGCAGGGUGAGCUGUUAAAACAGCACACAUCUCUCAUCCCCUCUUCCUUUAUUCCCCCCUGGGUUUCAGAAAGGAAGGAUAUAUGGGGACCACCUCCCUCCUCUUUGAUCCCAGCAUCUCAGUCCCCUUCCCAACCCUCCAUAUGGCUCUCAAUGGUGCUCACUUGCUUGUAAGCAGGCUCCCAAUAGGGAGGGGGCUGCCCUCUACAGUCUCUUUGACUGUAAGACAGGGCUCUGUAUCAGUGAGACGAUGAGAAAAGUCCCAGGCUAAUGGCAGAAAUUUGCACUUUGAACAUGUGUGUUUUUGUGUUGUGGAACCUGAGAUUCCUUAUUUAUUAACAGAAAGUCUGAUUUUUUUUUUUUUUCUGGAGUCUUUGUUGCUAUAUUUUGUGGGGCUGGGAGAGAGAGAUUAGAUUAUUUUGACAUGGGAUCCCUUCCAUAACAGGUACUUUGAAGGCAAGACAUAGGGUUGAAGAAGCACAGCCAGCCUCUGAAAUCAUAGCUCUCCAGUGGCCUUUAAAGAAAGCUGGUCCUCAGCACUAACAAAAUCACUACAAUAGCCUAGUGCUUUUUUGGAAGCCUUUUUAGGGAAGAAUGUUAGGUUCAUGGUAACUAGUAUGCUCUUUGAGAUUUUUACAGUGUUGAGACUUAAGAAUUUUGAGAGGGUGAGGAGGGUUGUUCAGAAUCUAAAUUACAGAUAGAUGAUUGUUUCUUGUGAAUUUGUUUCUUUUCCUUUUUUUUUGUCCCUACCAUUUCGUUACAUUUCCCUUGGGGCCCAUCUCUGGCUCCUUGCUUUUUGUUUCCUGCUUUGCUUUAUCAUCAGUUCAUUCCAGCUCCCUGUUAGUGAAGGACACUGCUGUUAGUGAAGGAACAAAGUCUAUGAGUCCUAAAAUUUUAAGUCAAAGAAAACUGCUCUGUUUCCCCUUUAGUAACACUUCCGAAGAGGAAAAACUUCAAUAGCCAAAGUUAAUAAUCCUAUAUAAUAAUUGCUUUGGCUUUCACCUAAAAUUCUGGGAAUCACAAUUUCCUUGGGAUAGAGAUUGUGUUGGGGAAUAGAUUGCUUAUUGCUGUUCACUGGAGAGAAAAGGUAGUGUUUUUGUACAAGGUCAUACCGCCAGAAGCCCUAAACCCUAUUUUGGCUCAUCUUCAGGUAAAGAGUAAUUCCUAUCCUGUGUGCCUCAGAAGCUAGAAUCGAAGGCUUACCCUAUUCAUUGUUUAUUGUCAGAAAUGCAUGAUGGCUCUUGGAAAGAAUGACGUUCACAAACAUGGCUUAUCAAUUUUUUCAAAGAAUCUUUUUUCCCAAAAAGAGGAGUAACAAAAUGUCAUUUCUGAAAGAGGCUUACUUUAUACCAACUAGUGUCAGCAUUUGGGAUGCCAGGGAACAGAGAGUGAGACACCUACAAUCACCAGUCUCAAAUGCGCUAUUGUUUCUUUUCAGAGUGUUGCAGAUUUGCCAUUUCUCCAUAAUAUGGGGAUAGAAAAUGGAAUAAAGAUAGAAGGGAUGUAGAAUAUGCUUUCCUGCCAACAUGGUUUGGAGUCGACUUUGGUAUAUUGACUAGAUUUGAAAAUACAAGAUUGAUUAGAUCAAUCUACAAAAAAGUUGUCCUCCUCUCAGGUCCCUUUUACACUUUUUGACUAGCUAGCAUCUAUAUUCCACACUUAGCUUUUUUGUCACACUUAUCCUUUGUCUCCGUAAAUUUCAUUUGCAGUGGUUAGUCAUCAGAUAUUUUAGCCACCUACACAAAAGCAAACUGCAUUUUUAAAAAUCUUUCUGAGAUGGGAGAAAAUGUAUUCUCCUUUCCUAUACCGCUCUCCCAACAAAAAAAACAACUAGUUAGUUCUACUAAUUAGAAACUUGCUGUACUUUUUCUUUUCUUUUAGGGGUCAAGGACCCUCUUUAUAGCUACCAUUUGCCUACAAUAAAUUAUUGCAGCAGUUUGCAAUACUAAAAUAUUUUUUAUGGACUUUAUAUUUUUCCUUUUGAUAAAGGGAUGCUGCAUAGUAAAGAGUUGGUGUAAUUAAACUAUCUCAGCCCUUUCCCUGCUUUCCCUUCUGCUCCAUAUGCCUCAUUGUCCUUCCAGGGAGCUCUUUUAAUCUUAAAGUUCUGCAUUUCAUACUCUUAGUCAAAUUCUGUUACCUUUUUAAUAACUCUUCCCACUGCAUAUUUCCAUCUUGAAUUGGUGGUUCUAAAUUCUGAAACUGUAGUUGAGAUACAGCUACUUAAUAUUUCUGGGAGAUGUGCAUCCCUCUUCUUUGUGGUUGCCCAAGGUUGUUUUGCGUAACUGAGACUCCUUGAUAUGCUUCAGAGAAUUUAGGCAAACACUGGCCAUGGCCGUGGGAGUACUGGGAGUAAAAUAAAAAUAUCGAGGUAUAGACUAGCAUCCACAUAGAGCACUUGAACCUCCUUUGUACCUGUUUGGGGAAAAAGUAUAAUGAGUGUACUACCAAUCUAACUAAGAUUAUUAUAGUCUGGUUGUUUGAAAUACCAUUUUUUUCUCCUUUUGUGUUUUUCCCACUUUCCAAUGUACUCAAGAAAAUUGAACAAAUGUAAUGGAUCAAUUUAAAAUAUUUUAUUUCUUAAAAGCCUUUUUUGCCUGUUGUAAUGUGCAGGACCCUUCUCCUUUCAUGGGAGAGACAGGUAGUUACCUGAAUAUAGGUUGAAAAGGUUAUGUAAAAAGAAAUUAUAAUAAAAGGGAUACUUUGCUUUUCAAA